AAGGCUGAGAAAGUUGUGGCAGUCUGUCGUUGGCUGAUCAAAAAUGCUCAAACUUUUGAUGCAAAUGUGGUCUAAAAGAGUCACAUUACUGCCAAUUUCUGUUUGAAAAUACUUUUCUGCUCUACUGGGAGAAAACCAGUUAAAUUCAAGCCCGCACCAAGAUUUUAUUGAGGAAAAAGUAAAAAUGACGCAGACAAUACUUAAAGAUGUGACAAUCCUGCUGGCCAUUCUGAUGGUCCUCCUUCAAAUGACAGUUGCCAAAAUAGACAAGUCUUACUAUUGCGGAGCAUGCUUGGCCAUUGUCCAAGAAGUGAACAUAAAAAUUGGAGAAGUUGAUCCCAACAAAAAAGUCGAAGUUGGAAGUUUUCGAGUGGAUCCUGACGGAAAACAGAAGCUCAAAAAAGUAUCCUAUGCAACGUCUGAAGUCUACCUGACAGAAGUGUUUGAAAAAGUCUGCGAGUCAAUGCACGAAUAUGGCGAAAAAUUUGAGAAAGAUUUGGAUGUGAAAUUGUUUCCAAGAACGAACCGUCCUGAUUCAGCGCCCAUAGAUCUGAUUGGAGUUGAAAUGAAUGAAGGCAUUUUUAAGAAGCUCAAGAGUGCAUGCCAUACCAUUGUAGAAGAUCAUGAAGAUGAGAUGAUAAAACUGUUUAAAAAGAAGAGCAUCAAGCGUGAAAACCUUGGCAGAGAUAUUUGUCUUAAUUUAGCGAAGGUUUGUACUGGCAACGAAGUCCUUGCCAAGCUGAUGUGGGACAAAACGUCCGAAGAACGCAAGUUUAAAUCCGCGAAGGCGAAGAAGCAGGAGGAGAUUCAAAAACAAGCAGAGGAGGCAAUCAGGAGGCAAAAUUUUGAGAAGGCUCCGGUCGCUGGUGAAGCCGCCAAGCAAGAGCUUUGAGCUCUCACAUCAUGAUUAGGUGCAUUUUCCUCACAACAUUCCGGGUGUCAACCAUUGACCGGUUUAUAUCUGUGUGGUAUCAUCUCAUCCUGUUGCGGUCACACUCAUGCAAGACUUCAUCAGCUUGAUCAGAACGUAGCUAUGUCGAAUCUCAUUUUGAGGGAGCAUCAGUGUUCUCGACACAUUGGCCAUUUUCUGGGCUUACGCUAGACUUUCUUGAUAGGGUGUUUAAACUAUGUUUAUUUGGUUUUCCUUUUUUUCUUUUUCUCACUUGUGUUAAAUAUCUGAAUAUGAAAUAUUGUGAAGUAUCCAUCUGUAUCAUUAUGACUCUGGACAUCACCAUCAUGGGGAUCCUUUAGUUUGUUUUUGAUGCUGAGCAAGUCUUACUGCGUUGCAGUUCCUUGUACCAACACAAGAUGGCUCUCUAUUAAAAUGAUAACUUACUGUGUAGUCAGUUCCGGUGUGUCGUUUAACAUGGGCAUAUCACACGUAAUAUAGGGCUUUUGUACAGGCGCCCUUCAACUGGCUCAAAAGCGGCUACAUAGUAUGUUAGUCAUGCAGUGUGCCUAGCUUGCUCUGUGUCAGAUCUAUUUGAUUUGAUUCCAUUCCUAGCUAUCUUUCCACUAAGUCGCGUAGAACUCUUAACACUUGAUCUCAUUGGUGCCGUUGAACCAUUUUCUCAAAGGUACCUUACUUAAUAAUGUGACAUUUCUCGGCCAAAGUGAACUCUGCUUUACCAACAUGCAGUUGGAGAUGACUAGUAAAUCUGUUCUUGUUGUAUAUUUGGCUUCGGUACAAGUAAUGGAAGUUUUCUAUUGUGUGCUAAUAAAGUAUUUUCGUAAGCA